AUGGCUCCAUCUGCGAUUCCGACAACUAGCCACACUGGUGAGCCGGAGUUGGAUCUCACCUCGUCGGCCAUCGAGCACCGCAGGACGGAGAAUGUCCAGUCCAACGGUAGCACCGAGAGCCACGCCAAUGGCGUCUCACAACCCAACAUCAAGGAGCUCGACGCCUCGAAACUGACAUACACUUUCACCAAGGAACCUCGUGAGGUUCCGGCUCCCGGCGUCUUCAACCUCAACGACCAGAGCAUCUGCACAGACCACAUGAUCACCGUCGCAUGGUCGGCCAAGACCGGUUGGAAGACGCCUGAGCUCAAGCCGUACGGCCCGCUGUCUCUGAUGCCCACGGCUUCCGUUCUGCACUACGCGACGGAGUGCUUCGAGGGGCUGAAGGCGUACCGCGGCUUCGACGGCAAGCUGCGUCUCUUCCGCCCGGACUGCAACAGCGCACGCAUGGUCAUGUCGGCCGUGCGCAUCAGCCUUCCUUCCUUCAGUCCGCCGGAACUGGAGAAGCUGCUGCUGGCGCUGAUGGCCGUCGACGGACCUAAGUGGCUCCCGCGCGAGCGUCCGGGUAGCUUCAUCUACCUGCGCCCAACCAUGAUCGGCACGCAGUCGCAACUGGGCGUGCAAGCACCCUCCGAGGCCCUGCUCUACCUCAUUGCUAGCUACAUGCCGGCCAUGGACUCGCCUGCCGGCGGCAUGAAGCUGCACACGUCGCCUGACGACAUGGUCCGCGCCUGGGUCGGCGGCUUCGGCUAUGCUAAAGUUGGCGCUAACUACGGACCAUCGCUGCUCGCGACACAGGAGGCCCGCGCUCGCGGUUUCGGCCAAAUCCUGUGGCUCUACGGCCGCGAGGGCCAGUGCACUGAGGCCGGCGCCAGCAACUUCUUCGUGGUGUGGAAGUGCAAGGAGUCUGGAAAGACGCAGCUCGUCACGGCCCCGCUCGACGACAGACUCAUCCUAGACGGCGUCACCCGCCGCAGCGUCCUGGCGCUGGCGCGGGAGCGCCUCGGGGACGAGGUCGAGAUCGUGGAGCGCAAGUAUACCAUCGAGGAUGUCCUGCAGGCGGACGAGGAGGGCCGGCUCGUCGAGUCGUUCGCGGCCGGCACGGCCUACUUCGUCUGCCCCGUCUCGGUGAUCCACCACCGCGGGCGCGACGUCAAGGUGCCCAUGGGCAAGGCGGGCGAGAGCGGCCAGCUGACGUCCCAGAUCAAGGGCUGGCUCCGGGACAUCAUGUACGGCGGCGAGGACCACAAGUGGGGUGUCGUCGUGCCGGAGGAGCAGUAG